AGGAUCUGAUGGUUCACGUUGAAAUGACGUGGUGUGCCCAGUGGGUGGAUCUACUGGUUAUUGCUCCACAUGCCAGAAGCAUGGGAUUUGAGUUAGGGUAAUCUGACCCCAGAUUGGUGGUUAAGAGCCUGUUUAGGAGCAUCUGCACUGAUUGAUGACCUCUGACCUCUUAGGUUAAAAGAGGUGGAAAGCAGGCUGGCCGAUUUUCCUAGAUGUUCUGGACCAAUAGAAAGCCUAGAUUUGACAACUUGUUCUCCUUGAUGAACUGAAGUGGUUGCGGAUAUAAGAGCAUCACGUAUUCCUGGACAUUGAUCAUGAGAUUAACAGGGAAGAUGGAAUUGUACUGUAUGAUAGAAAAACUGAUCUCGUCAAUAUGGGCCUACUGGUCAACUGCACAACUAAUGGGUCACUGAUCCAUGUGAACGGAUACGGAUCCAUUUUUCCUGAAGAAUUCUGUGUGUGUGUGUGUUGAAGGUGGUGUAAAGGGAUUUGAGCUAGCAGUGUAAUCUGAGUUGUGCUGCAUGCUGCCUGCCUGUGCUGUUAGCAUAGAGUACUGCUUUACCCCUCUGUUAAUCCCUGUCUCUCCAUCCAUCCCUCUGUUUCUCCAUCCAGCCCUUCGUCUCUCCCUCCUUCCAGGGGAUUUGCCAUUAAGAGAUGGCUUUUGGGAAUGUGUGUGUGGUGUGUGAUGAAGCAGGCAUACACAAGCACACGCUGACUGGAUAAGUACACACAUUAAUAAUAUGCACGCACACAGGUUUUAGUGACGGUGGGGGUUGCUGUGCUUUAAGUGCAGGAACACACACACACACACUGGUGCACUCACACUAUCAAACACACACAUUCAUGCAAAUGUAUCGCAUACACUUUCACUCCCAGACACACACACACACACACACACACUCUGCCUCCGUCAGACAGGACCUGUUCGCCUGUUCAGUCCUGUAUGUGGGAGGGAUCUCUGCUGACUGACCGACAGGAUGGACGGACGGACAGACAGACACAUGGACAGGAGGACAGGCACCUGGAUCACACAUGGACACAAGUAUCAGACAUGAUCGACAGUUGUUCUUUAAUCCUGUCAUGUCCCAGAUGAGAGACUGCAGGGAUGAUUCUCAUCGCUUUAACAGUCUCUGUCCUGUGCCUGUUUCCCCAGGCGGCGCAGGCUCUGUGGGCGUGCGCACGCUCCUGCCCAGCCUCUUGCACGUGCACGCCGGAGAAGAGCUGCAGUGUGCUGUGUGACCGCUCGGGCCUGCCCGACCUGCCCCGGGAGUUCCCCUGUGAAGCGUCCUCCAUCAACCUGGACAAGAACAGCCUUAAGUUCCUGUCUGAGAGGGCCUUUGGUACCCUGCCCUCCCUCAGGUCUCUGUCCCUGGACCACAACAACAUCUCCUUCAUCACCCCCGGGGCCUUCAAGGGACUGCCCAACCUAGUGGAGCUGAAGAUGGCCCACAACGAGUACAUCCGUUACCUCCACACCCGCACCUUCACCGGGCUCAAACGCCUGGUCCGAUUGGACGUGGCCGAUUGUAACCUCUUCAACAUGCCCGACCGGAUCUUUCUAGAAAAUUACGCUCUGAAGGAACUCUUCUGCUUCCAGAACAACUUCCGGAGGAUUCCUGGAGCGUUCCGCGGGAUGGAGAACCUGACCCACGUCUACCUGGAGCGGAACAAGAUUGAGGCGGUGGCGUAUAACUCUCUCCUGGGCCUGGGGAACCUCAGGUACCUGAACCUCCAGGAGAACCGCAUCAACGUGAUCCACGACCAGUCCUUCCAGGACCUCCUGCGCCUGGAGAACUUCUACCUCAACGACAACCUGCUGUCUGAGCUGCCCCGGAUGGCCUUCAAGGGCCUCAGCCGCCUCAAGAUGCUCAACCUGGGGGGCAACCAGCUCACCAACAUCUCCAAGACCUGGUUCAGUGACCUGGUGGAGCUGGAGGUCCUCUACCUGGACCGCAACCGCCUGGUCUACAUCGAGGAGGGCUCCUUUGAGAACCUGACCAGUCUGAUCACCCUCCACCUCAACAGCAACAACCUCAGCUCCCUGCCCUUCCCCGUCUUCCAGCCUGUCUACUUCAUCGGACGCCUCUACCUCUUCAAGAACCCCUGGGAAUGUGACUGCUCUCUGGAGUAUCUUAAGGAGUGGAUGGAGAGUUAUAAGUUGGUCCGGGACAUCCCCUGCGCCUCUCCGUCCUCCGUGGCUGGCCUGGAUUUGAGCGAAGUAGUCUUCGCCAGGGUUAAUGGGUCGUGCCUGGAUCCGGGGGAGCUGAACCUGACCACGAUGUCUUCGGACAUCCUCUCGACCACGGAGAACCGUUUCAACAGCCUGAUCUCCAAGCUGCUACAGCAGGAGCUCAGGGAAGAGGUGGGGAACGGGACGGAGAGCCUGAGGAACGGGACCCUGCUGGACCCUGCAGAGGGACUCAGCGCUGGGAUCAAAGGGGCAGACGCCAGCCAAUCACUGGUCUCAUUGUUGGUGAUGUGUUGUGUCUUCUGGAUGACGAUUGGUCAAUCGGAUGUGGAUUUCCUGUUUGGGCAUGUGACUGGCACCUGAGAGAUGGAAGAAUGUGGUUGUGUUUCUGAAAAUUGGGUGAUUUCUUCCCUCAUUGGGAGGAAAGUUGUUUUGAAUGAAGGAUGCUACAGACAAGUCAAUCUUUGUUGGAUGUUUGAGUAUCUGACUGUCCAUUGAGAUGUCUUGUGGAGUAUGUGAGUUCCCUGCUGAUGAAAACUCACAUUUGUUUGUUGUUCAUCCUUCGAAAUGAAAGGAAUAAGUAAUACAAAGGGUUCAGACCUAAUAUCACAUGGAUACAGGCUGACCUGAGACCUGAUAUUACAUGGAUACAGGCUGACCUGAGACCUGAUAUCACAUGGAUACAGGCUGACCUGAGAGUGUGGCUCAUGUAAAACACUGAACUGCUUGAUAUUGGACAGCACAGAUUUGUCUUGUACUAUGCAGAAUGUUUGUUGUAUUGAAACCAUGGAUUAUUGCAAUGGUUUAGAUUUCAAUACCUUCCUUGUUUUAUGUAACAUUCUCUAAUGAAUGAUAACAUUCAUUCAUAUUAUAUAAUAUUUAAAACAUGAAUGUGUUCCCUGUACCAUUAACAAACAUUGUUUUCUACUGAAUGUAAAUGUGUAAAUGCUGACAGAUCAAGUCAUCAGCGCCUUUAUAUACUCAACAGAUAUUUUCCUCCCUCUCACUUUCCCUCGUUCUUCUUGUUUUAAUCAUUCAACUCAGUAAAUGCAGACUGUGCGGCUUUUCAUAAAUGCAUUAAUCUUCUUACAGCGUGCAGCUCUCAUGCGCGCUCCUCUAAGCCUCUGUCUAGUCUAGCACAGCGUAAUGGAGGGAGUUUAUCAUUGUGUUUGCCUCUUAUGGACCUGAUUCCCCUUAUGUACAUACACUAGGUUGUUUAGUCAAUAGGGGAAGUGAUCAAAAGGACAGAAUGAACUGCAUUCUUUGGGAUGAUCUACUGUACUGUAUUGACAGUCACAUGACAAUGUAUAUCAAUGGACUAUCAAAGCACCCCCUUUUGCUUUAGAUUUGUACUAUUGAUGAUGCAACAUACAUUUCAUACACAGUCUCUCUGCACAGUACAUAUGCAAUUUUGUGCAUAUUAACACCUAUCUUUUUGUUUAAAUAGGUACAACUAUCCAUGAUUUGAUAUGUAUACUUUCAUCUGUUUCUUAUGACCACAAUGUUUGCUAAAUGUCGCUUGCCAAACUAGUGAUUUAGUUAAAUGGUGUUCGUUGGCAUAUUAAUAUUGACCUUACUCCUUCACAGUGCGAUGUAUACUAGACUAUCAACACGUGACUCGGCUCCUACACAUAAUUUAGGGCUAGAUACGUAGCGAGGAAGAUCCUUGUUAUAGCGCGAAGAAAAUGUAAAGGUCAUUUCCGAUUGAGCCGACAUAAUGCAGCGUGUACCGUGAACGGAGUCUCCGCGAACGCUGGAAUUUUGCCUUUACAUUUCAAUCACCCUAUAGCACCGAUCUUCCACGCUACGGAUUUCAUCUAGGCCUUAGAUUUCCUUCCAACAGUUUGAACUCUGACCCUGAUCUGCUAAACGUGUCCUUUUAGCCUAGUGGAAGUUUUCAACCCACCCGGUGAAGUAGUGGUGAAUCUGCUGUUAACCUUUUAAUGUGAGAUUAGGACUGGGACUAUUGGUGACAAACCCCUGGGAUGGGCUGGACGCUGCAAGGCCAUGGUGUCAUAUUAGAUCACUGUGAUUUACUUUAUGUAUUAUUACCAUGUAUCAUUUAAUGCAUCCAUAUAUUUGUUUAAUGUUGGUGUUAUUUUUUAUAUAAACUGCUGAGAAUUAGGGAUUAUAUUUCUCCCUUUAUAUUUGGACUGAACCACUAGGGAUCUGAGAUAACUGGAUGAGGAGGGCAAUGGGUGUGGCCUGACCGUGAUCAUGAUAAUGAGCUAGGUGGAGUUUUCUCCAUUUUACUUGCACCCAUCCAGCUCUUUCUGAUCUAACCCUAACCCUAAGGGGUCUUCAAAAGGUGUCUACAGUUUAGGGGUAAGAGGUUAAAUGGGAGUGAAUGUGUGAUAGAGAUGAACUGUACUGUGGGGUUUACAGUAAUAUGAAUGACUGAUUAUUGAGAGAUGCUGCUUAUGAACCUGAAUGUCAUCUGCCUGAAUAAACAUAAUGUUCUGUGUGUGUGUGUGUGUGUGUGUGUGUGUG